AAGAAGGAACAGAAGGAAGAAGGAAGACAGACGACGUGGCGACCGGUAGAGGUAGUAGAGAAUAAUAUGGUUGCUCUGGGAUUAAACGAACGUCAAUUUCCGCCCCGUAUUUAUAUGACUGCGAUCUGUCAUUCCGUUCAUUUGUCUAGAUUUUUAAUUAGUAAAUAACUGGAAUAUUGAAUUGAAAAAGUGAGAAUAUUGUUAGUUUUCAAAAGAAGUGUGUCGAGUGUGCUUCUCUCUAGCUGUCCCUCUUCCUUUGGGAAAAAGAGAUCGGAGGUGAAGAAAAAUGGGUUUGUGCAAGUGCCCUAAAAGAAAGGUCACGAACCAAUUUUGUUUCGAACAUCGCGUCAAUGUUUGCGAACAUUGCAUGGUUACGAAUCAUCCAAAGUGCGUUGUUCAAUCGUAUUUGCAAUGGCUGAGAGACAGCGACUGCAAUCCAAUAUGUAUUUUGUGUUCUGAAGCAUUGAAAAAUGUCGACUGUGUUCGACUCACCUGCUACCACGUCUUUCACUGGUCCUGCAUAGAUGCCUAUGCAAGAAAUUUACCUGCCACAACUGCGCCUGCUGGUUACACGUGUCCGACUUGUCGGAUCGGCAUUUUUCCGGAUGCAAAUUUGGUUUCUCCGGUAGCUGAUGUCUUGAAAGAAAAAUUGGCAGGUGUCAAUUGGGCGAGAGCAGGAUUAGGUUUACCUCUGUUGAGCGACGACAGAGAGCAGAAACCCGUGGUCAAAGAUUCAAAAGUGAGCUCAGUAGCGAGCGUUACAUCUUAUCAGAAUCACAUCAAUUCGACAACGACAACAACUUCAGUGGCAACGUCACGCACCAGUGGUAAUGUCAAUUCCCAAGUUACUGGGCCCGGUAGUACUGGUGGCAGCAGUGGCAGCGGCAGCGUCAGCGGCAGUGGCAGCAGCAGCACCACCAACAUCCAAAAACUUGGACCACCCUAUUCCGUUGUGAAUAUGGAGUCGACUAUAGGGGCGAGUAAUCCCAUGGCGAGAAAAGUCUUCGAGGCCUAUGACGAUCCAAGAGACAUUGCGGCGUUUGAUCACGACGAAAACAAAUAUCAAAGAAAAUCGGCGAUAGAAUGGUUUAUGAGAUGGUGGAAACUUAUAACGAGACCGCCACCGCGUCGUCGAAACAAUUCAGGCUCGUUGUACAAACGUUAUGCCAUCCUCGGCGGAAUUGGUAUCGUUUUUUUCAUACUGACCAUCAUUUUGUUCUCAUGGCUCGGUCGAAUGGCUACGGACGGUGAUCCUUCGUACAAUAUAUUAUCGAAUCCUAAUAUAAACAUUGAGCAGGAGGCACCUGUGUGAAACUAUCAUUCACGAAUGAGACGAUCCAAGCCCCUCGCCGAACCAUUCAAUCUUUUCAUGGAGGCUCGACUUUUAACUGAAUACAUCCUCGAGUAAAAGCUCCUUUUUUUUCAGUCUGUCGCUUGCUGCUCUGAUGUACUAUUGAAAAUUCGAAUUGAGUUUAAAAUAAUCUAUCAAUCGUGCUGAAAAUCCUUCGGCAACAACAACAUCCAACAGAACUCACGUGUAUUUUUUCCGAAUGAAAAGUAUGUUUGUGAAACGAUUCGAGAAUUUAUUUUCUCUUUCAUCACCUCGUCAAUUCGAUCGAUCUCGCUUCGUAUCUCGUGUUCGAACACAAAACCUGUAUUUGAAAAAAUUCGAGUGCCCGGUUUUUCGUCUCAGAACUCUGCUUUGCAGAUCGUCUCGCGACAGUAAUAUUGCCAUUCAUUUUUGUUCUAUUCUUAAUUUUCCAUACUUUUCAUUAUAAAGGCUGCCGAAGGAAUUAUCUAUCUCGACCGUAACGAAAUAAUGAAGAACUGACGAGUACCAUGAAAAGUCUGGUUUACAGUACUGACGUGCAACUCAUGAAAUAAAAUACAUACAAUUUAUAAUAACAAAAUAUCAUAUAAUAAUGGUAACAAUAAUAAUAGACACGCAGAGAGUGGCGUCUUCGGAUUGAAUUAAACGUAACGGUACAGCGGGGACUUAUUUGCUGGGCGGCAUCUGAUUGAUCCGGUGGCAUUGAACAAUUUUCAAACACGACUGUAAGAAAAAAGGUACGCUUUAUGGGGGAACAUAUCGUUUUUUUUUUCAGUACCUUCCAUACUAAUGUACUGUGAAAAAUUAGUCCAUUUCUGAACUAUAAACGUUAUCGACUUGAUUGAGAAGGUUCUUGAUAUAUCGUGAAGAAAAUGCGUUCCAAUUUUUAUUUUACCGUGAAUAGAUUUAAGCUGUACAUUAUUUCCUUCAUCUGUAAAAAUCUAUGAAUUUGUAAUAUAUACAAACACAAUUGUAUAUAAACAUUGACACUCUACAUGCGAAAUCUCUGAAAAAAAAAAAUCUUGUUAAAACAGUUGUUUUUUCCAAUUUAAAUAUUCCUAUCGAGUAUCGAAUGAUUCAGUAAUCGAAGUUUCCAUCGUUGCGUAAAAAUAAGACGGAAAAAUUAUGUCAUACGGAAAAUUUUUCACAAAGUGUCAAUAAUAUUAAAUUAUUUUGAUUUUGGAACGUGUCUUGUUCCAAAACUUUGAACUUUCCAUUAUCGACCAUAAAAUUCUGUAACAUUGGCGAAACGAUUUCUUCCAAGCGAUCAACGGGUUUGGCAACCGAAUAAAAUGAAAGCGUACAAUGC